AUGUACCCAAAUCCGAACAUCAACUACGAGCGCUACGUGCUCAACACCGGCGUGGCUACCGUCCGAUCGCCAAACCUCCCAGGCACUGCCACGUCACUGGAUGAAAAAACACUCGCCGCGGCGGUGGAAGCGGCAGCGAAAGAGUUCAAGCCACGUCAUAUUCAGGAGCUCCAGGAGGAAGCGUUAACUGCGGAGGAAGUGGCGGAGCUGCUGCAGAUGCGCGCCAAUGGGAGCUUGCCUGAGUCCGCGAAGGUGGCGGCGGCGCUUGAGCGCGAGGCGGGGAGGCUCCGCGGAAGCAGCGAGGGCGGAAACGACGUGGGGGCGCUUGGAGCGGCUCGGGAUGAGUCUGCGGGGAGUCGCGCUUCGGAGGAGCAGAAUUCGAUCCAGUACGCGCGGCACGAGCUGGAAGCGCGGCUGCUCAAAGGGAAGCCGAUCCGCAGCUGGAUCAGAGAGCUUCAGCUGAUGUGGCGCGACGACACAGGCGCGCAGAAUUCAGCAUUCCUCAAGGCGCGGGACGGCAAGGAGCAAGGCCGAGGCGCCACGGGCUUCAUCCAACGGAUGGUGAUCGACGGUCGGGAUGUGAUCCCUCCUUUCCACCCUAGGAGCUCCAUCUCCGCGGACGGAGGCUUUAAUCUGCUGUUCGCGGAAACCAAGAGCCAGCCCGGGAGGGUAGAAGACGAGUUCCACCUGAAAAUAGAGGGCGUGGCGGAUCUGAGUGUGACGGCGCGGGUGGCCCAUCCGCUCAUGCAGACCGCGACUGAGGCUCAGGCGCAUUUCAACGUGCAUAUUGAGCAGCUUAAUCACACGGAGGGCAUUCACGGGGUGUUGGGACAGACCUUUCUCGGCGAGGCAUCUCGCGCAGUACGGUCUCUGCGUCACCGCCUGCUCACUCGCCUGCUGCGGGAACCGGUGGAUGUGGAGAGCAGCGAGGGGGGCGAUGGGCUGCUGGAUGGGCGCGUGCAGGACUAUCUCACCUCGGGAAUUGCUGCCCCGGACUGUGCAUUCGCUGCCGUGUGGAGGAGGGGAGAGCACGAGAGUGAGAUUGGGGACGACGGGGUUGAUUUGAUGUGA